AUGGCCAGCAACAUCAUCGGAAACAGAAACAGCACUCCCGAAGCCUCCAAGACCACUCUGCGUCCUCCCUCCUCCAGAACUGUCGGUCCUUCAGGUACCCACAGUCAACAGGUCCGGUCUUCAGCCGACAUGUCCUUCACCUCUCCCCUGUCGGCGCGCUCCAUCCGUCCUGCCUCCGAGGUCCUUUAUAAUCAGCAGCUCCAACAAGGAAGUCUCGACGACUCAAGCAAACUAGGCGAGCAAUGGAUUCAUGAUAUUGAACAGUACGAGACCAUGUUGGAGGAGAUGGCUGCCGCUACCUUGGACCAGGACUUCAAAGACGAACUGAGUGCGAUCGAGCAAUGGUUCCGUGUCUUGAGCGAGGCCGAGCGUACCGCUGCCACCUACGCCUUGAUUCAACAAACCACCCAGAUGCAACAACGAUUCUUUGCCCAGGUCCUCAAUCAAAUGUCCAAGAGCCAUCCUAUCUCGGGUGUCUUAUCACCUGCAAACUUUGGGGAAAAGGAUGCCAUGUCCAGCCGCCUCAGUGAUGCCAUGUCUAAACUCAACGUCGAGGAUCGAAGGACCUCGGUCGGCCGUCCUCCUGUCUCUCCAGCUGGGAACAAGCGUAACUCAGGCCUCGACCAGUCUACCAUCCAUGCCAUGUUUCCGGAUGCAGUCGCUGCUAUUCAGCAACAGAAGGCGGAAUAUGCCCAACAGACUGGCAACCUCCCACCGUCGAACCGGAACAGCACAGUUGGUGACCGCACCUCUCUGAUAGCCCCAACAAUUGCAGCUCCCCGGGAGAACAAGUCGGAUGCCUUGAGCUGGCGCCAAGGCCCGGAUUCUCAUCAACCUCCCAUCUCGCGACCAAAAUCUUCUUCUGGUGGUCAAGCGCAGCCCGGCCAGGCCCCCAUGGGUCAAUUCAGCCAACCGCCUCUAUCCGCAGGUCUGCGUUCCCCAAGACCGCCCAUGGGUCCACCGUCUGCUGGUAUCCAAAGCACCACUCUAACCGCCCCAGACCACCUCUCCAGUGACCACCCAGUUCUCUCACCCUAUAAUGUAGGCAACCAGAGUUGGGCUUCGAUGAGUAAUACUCCAAUGGUUCCAAACUUUGGUCAGAAUGCAGCUCAUAGCGAUAUGGUGGCCAACGCGACUGCAAUGAAGCUGGCCGCUUUGUCAACCGUCAACAACCGCAUUGCAUUGGACGAUGUCAAGAAAUAUCGCCGGGCUAGAUCUAAUGAACCUCAAGCACAUGCUCAGCCUCCGUUGACACCUGGUCUGACUGCAUCUGGCAUCCCCGGCAUCAAUACAAUCAUGGUUAAUGACCACGGACAGAUCCUAAAUGUGCAACAGGUGGCAGCUAUUCAGGCGCACCAGAUUGCCGCUGCUCAAGGACGGCGAUCUCGUCCAAACUCUCCUGGACUGCCAUUGCAAACACCACUAGGACAGACCAGUUUUGCAUCUCCGCAACAUAAUGGCUUUCUGGCGGCGUAUGAUGGCCAACCAUUGAUGAUGGGACCCGGAGUCGCAGGAUUCAUCCCCCCCGUGAUUGGGAGUGAGGGAUACCUUUCUGAUCAUUCUGACAUCAAUCGCGGGCGAUCUCCUCGCGGUCGUCGGGGGAGUAGCAAGCCUCCCGAGGAUCCAACUGACCCCAGCUUGCUCCAAGAUAUUCCGGCAUGGCUUCGAUCUCUUAGGUUGCACAAGUACACGGAUAAUCUAAAGGAUUUGAAGUGGGAAGAAUUGGUCGAGCUGGACGACAAAGGGUUGGAUGCAAGAGGAGUCAAUGCACUUGGCGCGCGUAACAAAAUGCUAAAGGUGUUUGAGCAAGUCAAGGAAGCUCGAGAAGGGGGCAAGUUGUGA